CGCCGGGCCGGGAUAUGCGUGUAUGUGCGCGCCUGUGCCUUGCCCGAUUUUGUUAUAGUUCAUCUGGGCGAUGUAAACGGUGCGAAGCAUGUCCUCCAUACAUGCGUUAAUGUAGCACCUGAGACACUGGUCCUUCGGUUUCAUUCUCGGUUUUCCCCCCGGGAUCACGAGGGAAUUGACUGUUUCAGGCAUCCUUUAGAUUUCAUCCGGAGGGUGUAAUCUUACUGCCAAGGAUUCAACACCGUGGCCGAGGCGGAUGUUGGACCCAGUCUACAUGAUUUUUGGGUGUCAUCACUUUGAAAUUUAUUAAGCAAGAUAAUCAUGGCGACCGAUUCUCCCGCUAGAAGUUUGGACGAGAUUGACCUUUCGGCUUUGCGGGACCCUGCAGGCAUAUUUGAGCUGGUGGAACUGGUUGGGAAUGGAACCUAUGGUCAAGUAUACAAGGGCUGCCAUGUCAAGACAGGACAGCUUGCUGCGAUCAAGGUCAUGGAUGUCACUGGAGAUGAGGAAGAGGAAAUCAAGGCGGAGAUCAACAUGCUGAAGAAGUACUCCCAUCACCGCAACAUCGCCACCUACUACGGUGCCUUCGUCAAGAAGAACCCACCAGGGAUGGAUGACCAGCUUUGGUUGGUGAUGGAGUUCUGUGGUGCGGGCUCGGUGACUGACCUGAUCAAGAACACGAAAGGGAACUCUCUGAAGGAGGAGUGGACGGCCUACAUCUGUCGGGAGAUCCUCAGGGGUUUGACCCAUCUCCACCAGCAUAAGGUCAUCCAUCGGGACAUCAAGGGCCAGAACGUCCUGCUCACUGAAAAUGCUGAGGUCAAGCUGGUGGACUUUGGUGUGAGUGCGCAGCUUGACCGGACCGUGGGCCGGAGGAACACGUUCAUUGGCACGCCGUACUGGAUGGCCCCAGAGGUCAUCGCCUGCGAUGAGAACCCAGACGCCACAUAUGACUUCAAGAGUGAUCUGUGGUCUUUGGGAAUCACCGCCAUAGAGAUGGCAGAGGGAGCGCCACCGCUGUGUGACAUGCACCCCAUGAGGGCCCUCUUCCUCAUCCCCAGGAACCCGGCACCCCGGCUCAAGUCCAAGAAGUGGUCAAAGAAGUUUCAGUCGUUCGUGGACAGCUGCCUGGUGAAGAACCACAACCAGAGGCCCAGCACAGAGCAGCUGCUCAAGCACCCCUACAUCCGCGACCUGCCCAACGAGCGGCAGGUCCGCAUCCAGCUGAAAGACCACAUCGACCGCACCAAGAAGAAGAGAGGCGAGAGGGAUGAGACGGAGUACGAGUACAGUGGCAGUGAGGACGAGGAGGAGCGAGACAUGGGGGAGCCCAGCUCCAUCAUCAACAUCCCUGGUGAGUCCACGCUGAGGCGGGACUUCCUGCGCCUGCAGCUGGCCAAUAGGGCUUCGGGCGCUUGGGUAUUGCAGCUGGAGCAGCAGCAGAACGAGGAGCACAAGCGCCAACUGCUGGCCGAGCGGCAGAAGCGCAUCGAGGAGCAGAAGGAGCAGCGGCGGAGACUGGAGGAGCAACAGCGACGGGAGCGUGAGGUCAGGAAGCAGCAGGAGCGUGAGCAGAGGAGACGCUAUGAGGAGAUGGAGCAGCUGAGGAGAGACGAGGAGCGUCGGCACGCCGAGAGGGAGCAGGAGUACAUCCGCAGGCAGCUGGAGGAGGAGCAGAGGCAGCUCGAGAUCCUGCAGCAGCAGCUCCUUCAGGAGCAAGCCCUUCUCCUGGAGUACAAGCGUAAGCAGCUGGAGGAGCAGAGGCAGGCGGAGCGUCUGCAGCGGCAGCUGCAGCAGGAGAGGGCCUACCUGGUCUCCCUCCAGCAGCAGCAGCAGGAGCCAAGGCCCGCCGACAAGAAGCAGCUCUACCACUACAAGGACACGGCCAACCCAGCCGAGAAGCCUGCUUGGGCCAAAGAGGUGGAGGAGCGCUCCAAGCUCAACCGCCAGAGCUCACCGGCCCUGCAGCACAAGGUGGCCAACCGCAUCUCUGACCCGUCCCUGCCCCCUCGCUCCGAGUCCUUCAGCAGCGGGGGCAUCCAGCAGGCGCGCACGCCACCCAUGCACCGCUCCAUCGAGCCCCAGAUGGCCCACCUCGUCUCGGUCAAGUCGCACGGCUCCUCCAUGACGGGCUCCCAGUCUCUGCAUGACCAGUCUUCCCAGGGCGUCUCCGCCUUCCAGGAGAGCCUGUCCCCCCACCGCCCGCCCAUGCCGCGCCAGAACUCGGACCCAACCUCUGAGACCCCGCCUCCUCCGCCACGCAUCGCCAGCCGCGACGACAAGUUUGACCGCUCCUGGCUGAGGCAGGACGAGGACCUCCCCCCUAAGGUGCCACAGAGGACCACCUCGAUAUCCCCGGCGCUGGUCAGGAAGAACUCCCCAGGGAACGGACCUGGCGGUCUGGGUCCACGGACUGGGUCCCAUCUUAUCCGGGCCAGUAACCCAGACCUGCGGAGGACGGACGUUUCCAUGGAGUCGGCCCUCCCGAGGACCAGCAGCGGGAGUUCGUCCAGCUCCAGCACCCCCAGCUCCCAGGGUGGCUCUAGCGAGAGAAAGCGUGUGGGAGGGUCCUCCAUCCCCGAGGGGUCUCCAGUCGUCUCCCAGGAGAGCAAGCCCAAAGCCCAGGAGGAGGGGAGGGAGGUGACCCGGCCCAGUCGGCCCGCGAGCUAUAAGAGAGCUGUAGAUGAGGAGGAACUGGAUUUGACUGCUCUGGCCAAAGAGCUGCGUGAGCUGCGCUCCAAUGAGGACACCCACCGCCCACCCGUCAAAGUGACUGAGUACUCGUCCUCCAGUGAGGAGUCGAGCAGCGAUGAGGAGGAGGACGGAGAGGGCGGAGCCCACGACGGCACUGUGCAUGUCAGCGACAUCCCACGGAUCAUGCCUUCAGCCGGCCAGGGUGGUAAUGAACCCUUUGGUGGCAUGGGCAACCAAGACUCCCAUGGCAACGACACUUACGGCAACAACUCCAAGGACAGCACGCUCAUGAUGAGAGAGACGUUUGGGGACAGAAAGCGCUCGGGUCACGCCGAGAGCAACGGUUUCCCCGGUAACGCCAAUCUGCCCGAUCUAGUGCAGCAAAGUCACUCCCCCUUGGCCACGCCGGGCGAGGGUCCAGGGUGGCGCCCCAGUCUGCAUGCGCAGGACCUGGACUCGGUGGCCGAAUAUGGGAUGGGCAGUGGCUCCAAGUCCUCCUUCACUCCGUUUGUCGACCCACGCGUGUACCAGACGUCCCCGACAGACGACAACGAUGAGAACUCAGCCUCAGCCCUGUUUUCAGAUGAGCUGAUGCGUCAGCAGGAGGAGCAGGAACAGGCUCGGCUCAACGAGGCCCGCAAGAUCUCGGUGGUCAAUGUCAACCCCACCAACAUCCGACCCCACAGCGACACCCCAGAGAUCCGCAAAUACAAGAAACGCUUCAACUCUGAGAUCCUGUGCGCAGCACUGUGGGGGGUGAACCUGCUGGUGGGCACAGAGAAUGGCCUGAUGCUGCUGGACCGGAGUGGCCAGGGCAAGGUGUACAACCUCAUCAACCGCCGACGCUUCCAACAGAUGGAUGUUCUGGAGGGCCUUAAUGUCCUGGUCACCAUAUCAGGCAAGAAGAACAAGCUGAGGGUCUACUAUCUGUCCUGGCUGAGAAAUAGGAUACUUCACAAUGACCCUGAAGUGGAGAAGAAACAGGGAUGGAUCACUGUUGGAGAGCUGGAGGGUUGUGUCCACUACAAAGUUGUCAAAUAUGAAAGGAUCAAAUUCCUGGUGAUUGCUUUGAAGAACGCUGUGGAGAUAUACGCCUGGGCUCCAAAGCCAUACCACAAAUUUAUGGCUUUCAAGUCUUUCACAGAUCUGCAGCACAAGCCUCUGUUGGUGGACCUGACCGUGGAAGAAGGUCAGAGGUUAAAGGUUAUCUAUGGUUCCAGCGUGGGGUUCCAUGUGAUUGACGUGGACUCUGGGAACCCGUAUGAUAUCUACAUCCCGUCCCAUAUUCAGAGCAGUGUCACCCCCCACGCCAUUGUGGUGCUCCCCAAGACCGACGGGAUGGAGAUGCUUCUGUGUUAUGAAGAUGAGGGUGUCUAUGUGAACACUUACGGCAGAAUCACUAAAGACGUGGUGCUACAAUGGGGAGAGAUGCCCACCUCUGUUGCCUACAUCCACUCCAACCAGAUCAUGGGAUGGGGAGAGAAAGCCAUUGAGAUCCGCUCCGUGGAGACGGGACACCUCGACGGAGUUUUCAUGCACAAGCGAGCUCAGCGACUGAAGUUCCUCUCUGAGAGGAAUGACAAGGUCUUCUUUGCCUCCGUCCGUUCAGGAGGCAGCAGCCAAGUUUUCUUUAUGACCCUGAACAGAAACUCCAUGAUGAACUGGUAAAUUGUCAUCAGCCAUCACUCCAUCAUCAUUAACAGUUGAAGUAAGGCAGUUUGAGAAAACGUGAAGGAAAAGUGGAAAGAAAAGAAAUCAGGGUUUAUAAAGAACAAUUAAGACGAACAUGAGGAGGACACUGCAGUCCACCAUGAGCACCGUAAUCUUUCCAGAAAACCCAUCAGGAGAGCAUAUUUUGAGUCAGAAAAUCAGUUGGAAGGAGAUUCAAGAUGCCACCUGUCAUGGAAGAAAAACCCUUCUCUGGAACUCCAAAAAGGAAAUUCUGCCUCUCUGAGGUUGUCUUUUGUGUUUUCCAAACAAAUAUUAAUUUCCGUUUCUUUGGACUUGCAAGAGAACGAUGUCCUAUGCUUCAAAUUAAGUGUCUUUGUUAAAGAAAUGGUUUAGUGCAAAUAAGAUAUGACACUUUUACUGCAGUGACAUUUUGCAGUAAGGUUGUACAGUUACACCUGAAUGAUAGAAAGGAUAUGUGUACAGGGUGGUAUGUGUAUUAAACUUCAAAAUGUCAGAACUUUGUCUGUUGUGAAACAUCACCACCACCAUUUUGUUGUAAGGCUUUCCUGAAGUCCUUCACAGUAGCUGUGCUGGAGUGUGUCUGUGAAUGUGCAUGUUUGAGUGUUUGAAUGGGUGCUUUUUAUUAGAAAAGCAAUGCCACAUCACUGGAAAACAAAGAUUUUUGGAGAGAAAAACACUCCGUCAUGAGACGGUUUGAGAUGUAUUUAUCAUUAUAGUUCAAUGGUAACUGUCAUCCACUGAUUCUGGCCUUUCCUUUGUUCAACCGUUUUCUCCCUAUUGGUGUACAAUAAUCCUACAAUGAUCUGCCAUGAAAUGGGUAUAUCAUGUAACAGCCAUGUAUAGUAAUAGCCAAAAAAGGACUGGUGUAAUCAGGUGAACUGUGAGUAUAUUCUCAGUUCUCCAGUAGAUGUGCUCAUCUACACCUUUUUGAGUUCCUUCCCAUACACCUUGUCAUAAUUAAUGUUCAUUUGUUUUGAACACAGGGGACCCUGUUACCAAAUGAACCUUCAGUGCGCAACUGUGACUAAAUAGGAGAAAUGCUUAUACUCAAAUAAGUGCACCGAGAGAGCCUGAAUUGAGAAUAGCAGUUAGUGUUGUGGGUUUGAAAAAGAAACUAUUGAGUCAGAGAAUGGAGUGAUCCUUUGUAGAGCUUCCUCCUAACCUACCUCGUUUGUUCAUUUCUGUUCUCCUAUGUUUAAUGCUUCAUAAGACUGCUUCUCCAGAGUCAGGAAAUGCAUUGUCUCUAUUCAAAAGAUCAUGCAACAGUAAUCUGGAAAAAAUAACCUUGACUAAAGUUGGAUUUGUAUCGUUAACAAUAUUUACAAAGCAGCAGUCAAAAUGUAACAAUAUGAGCAUCAUAUUUUAAAUUCCCAAUUGCCAUUUAAGUUAAUCUGUUUGGCCAGAGGAAUUGUUUAAUUGAAAUCUAAUCGAAGAAUGAACAUUCAAAAAAUAUAUGAGAACAUCAUGUGGACCAGGAAAACCUCUGUGCCAAAAAUGAUGCUUCAUCCAAGAGCCAAAAAUACUUUCUGAAAAUAUUUUUUAUUCAUGUUUCCUGUAGUCAUUAAGAAUGAAGUUCAGACAAAAUAUGAAUGAAAGUAAUUAUCAGCUUUUCAUCUCACAAUAUUAUAUGGACUAAAUGUUCAUUCAUUUAAAAUCAAUCAUUUAAAAAAUAAUAAUUUCAAAUUUUAUUCCUAUGUAAAUUUUGUUUAUUUUUUUGUAUUAAAAAAACUGUGAAAAUGUGUGUUUGAGUGAGAAAGUGUGUGUGUGUGUGUGUAUGUAUGCGUGCCUGCGUGCACGCUUGUCCACAGACGCAUUUAAGCAUGGGUGGGAGUUCACUAUUUUCCCUAACAACACAGGGAUUUAACAAAUGUCACGGCAACAAAAUCUAUGGUAUGAGGAUAUUUGUCAUUUUAUUUCAUGCACUGCCUGCAAUUUGGAUUCUGUAUUUCUACACUCAUUUUUAUGGAGUUUUAUAAUAAGUUUGUUUGCGCUUACUUUGAUGAAAUCUGGAAUAAUAUCAAUAAAAAUGUCAAAUGUAAAUUGUUGUAAUAAUAAGUUUAGCUAAUUACUAGAUUGUCAAGAGUUCGAAUAUUCAUGAUUGGAUUAAUUAGACUAUCUUUUCUCAGUGGCUGAUUUUAACUGUAAAAUGCACAUUACUGUUAUAAGUGAGGACUUCUAGGUCUUAUUAAAACAAUUUCAGUAUGGCUUAUUUAUAUACAGCCACACUGAAAUAUACUUUUAGGAAGUUGUAGGCCUACCUGUUCAUACAAGAUGGAUGAUCUGAAUGGAGAAAAUUCACUGGAGUACUGCCUUAUGUCAGCAUUGAGAAACAUACAUUGUGUUUUACCAGAGACUUGACAUAGACUGGGAACGUACAGUAUGUCAGUAUCUAUAGUCCUGCAGGAACUGUUCCAUUUAUCCUGUGACAUUCUCCAAAGCUGCAUAAAACAGAGCUCUUUCACAAGUCGCAGUUACUGUUGGAGGCUGGAAACGGAAUUUUCUUAUUCAUGCCCUCUCCAUUUCAUUAUGUUAUUCAUUUUCAUGUCAGUACAGUGAACAGGGUGUAGCCUACACUUUUCAUGUUUACUGAGCACACUCUCUCACUGUAAAAAUAUAUAUAUACUUGUGAUUGGAAAACUCACACACUGAGAUUUCCCCCUUUUUGGUCUGUAUUCAUUCAAACUGGUAGUAAGAAAUGUUCAUGAUUAUGACCUACUGUGUAGAAUAUUGGUCAAGUUUUGCUUUCCCAUCUUAGUUAUUGUUCAGUAUACAUUAUCUAUCCGGAAUAUUUUUCCCAACAAACUACAGUGUUACUUUUUUUUUCUAGACAGGUUAUUUUGUAUAAUUUUAUGAGAAUAGUUAGUGUGUCUGAAAGUGCUAUGAAAUCUCUAUUAGAAUGUCAGAGAUUAUUAAAUAUCAGUGCUUUAUGUGAGGACAAUUUAUCCGGUUUCAAAGGUUUCACCAGUACUGUAAAAUGCUUUCUUCAUAAUCUCUUUUUAUGUCUGCCUCUCCGAGUUAUAGGAAAAUGAACUUAUUUGCCCAUCUUUUUUCUUUUUGUGGUGAUGUUACCUUGGUCUUUGGUUUAUUUUGCACAAUAUUAAUAUUUAUGUUUGAGGGAGGAAGACAUUGAUAAUACAUGGACAACAGAUAAUGAUAUAAUCUGGGUCCUGCAAAGGUUGGCGUGAACUCUGCAUCAAACAUCAUCAUUUAGCAAUAAAGUGCACAACUGUUUUACGCAAGUUUUUCACUUUCAAUUAUUUCCCUUUAUCUGGAUAUGAGGGAUCAUUGUCAAAGCAGUAGCUUCUUAAUAAUGGGUCCAUCAUUAUCUCAACAACUGUCCAUAUUUUCCCUCUCACACUUUAUUUUCAAAAGAAAUUGAUAAGACAUAGCAAUGUUUUUAAAUAAAUUAAUACAUUUGAAUAAAUACAUUUUGCCACGUG